AUGGCAGGGUCACCUGCGUCGCCAAAGGAGCGCAAGCUCGUCUGUCAGGCGCACGACGGCGUGAGAUCGGAGCAGGAGCGCAAGGCAAAGGAGGAGGCGCAGCGGUUCAAGCCAGAGAGGGAGAAGCUGCCAGUAUUCCAGGGCAAGGACGCCAUCCUGAAGGGAAUCGCGGACAACGACACUGUCAUCGUGCUCGCCGAGACGGGUUCGGGAAAGACGACUCAAGUACCGCAAUACCACUUCCGCUCCGAGAUCCCCUGCGCCGACGAGCCGCACCACGCGCUUGACGUGCGCGAUGGACGGUGCGUUGUUGGCGGAGAUGCUCGGCAACCACGACGCGACCUCGAGGCGUACGAUGUUGUCGUCCUCGACGAGGCCCACGAGCGCAGCUUGCGGACCGACAUGGUGAUGGGCUUCCUGAAGGGCAUCCAGAAGCGAUGGAAGGAGCAGGUGCAAGUGUGGAAGACGGAGCAGGCGAAAUCGAAGGGAAAGGCCGAGGUGAACGGGGUCGUUGCGAAUGGCGAGGUGGUCGGGAAGAAGAGCGCCGAGGAGCGGGAUCCGACCGAGCUCAAGAUCGUGGUCAUGUCCGUGACGGUUGUCGCGCAGCGCUUCAGCGACUUCUUUGACCGUGCGCCGGUCCUCUACGUCGCCGGACGACAGCACACGGUCAAUGCCCAUUACGCCGAAGAGCAUCAGCCCGACUUCCUCCAGCCCGACUUUCUCGACGCAGCUCUCGAAACCGUCUACCAGAUCCACACGUGCUAUCCGCCAGGCAGCAUCCUCGUCUUCCUUGCAGGUCAGGAAGAGAUCGAGGGACUGGCGGCGUCAAUCAAGUCGUUCCUGCCCAGCUUGCAGAAAGAAUUUCCGCACGCUGAGGAGCUCCUCGUUACACCGCUCUACGCCAAGCUCCACGCCGCCGAGCAAGCGAAAGCUUUCCUCCCGUCUCCGCCUCGCACUCGCAAGGUCAUUCUCGCGACCAACAUCGCCGAGACGUCCGUCACGAUUCCGGGUGUCAAGUACGUGGUCGACUGCGGACUCGCAAAGGAGAAGCGGUAUCAUGCGGGAACCGGCAUCGACUCGCUCGUCACGGAGAGCAUCUCGCAGUCGUCGGCGAAGCAGCGCACUGGUCGUGCUGGUCGUGAAACCGAUGGCUUCUGCUUCCGCCUCUACACCGAAGCGACCUACAACGGUCUCGAGAAGCGCUCGCAGCCCGAGAUCCAACGCGUCUCGCUCACCUUCGCCAUCCUCCACCUCAUCGCCUCUGGCCAAGACGACGUGUUCAAGUUCAGUUUCAUGGAUCCGCCCGACGUCGAGUCGAUCAAGUUCGCCAUCCUCACGCUCAUCGGCCUGAACGCGCUCGGCAAGCGCGGCAAGAUUACGCCGCUCGGCCGCCAGAUGGCGCAACUCCCUCUCGACCCUGUUUACGCCCGCGUCCGCGUCGCCUCCUUCGUCGAGGGCUGCCCUCGCGAAAUGAUCGACCUUGUCUCGCUCGUCGGCGCCAAAGACCAGCUGCUCAUCAACACCAGCUCGACCCGCGACGCCGCCAACGCAGCUCGACAAAAGUUUGUUCAUCGAUCUGGCGACCACAUGAUGCUGCUCAACAUCUUGCGGGCAUACGAAGAGCUCGACGGCAAGGACGAGCAAUUUGUGCGCGGGCGACGAGGCGGAGCCGGCCUCAACGCCCUCAUCGGGGGUCUCUUCGCCAACACGGCACUCAGGCAGGAGGACGGGUCGUAUAGGCAUACGAUGACGAAGCAGUUCGUCGCGAUCCACCCUUCCUCGACACUGCACGGCAAGAAGGUGCCCGCCAUCAUCUACGACGAGCUCGUCUUGACGACCAAAAUGUACGCGCGCGGCGUCUCGUCAAUCGAGCCGUCGCAGAUCCGGAGCAAGGCCCUCUCGCUCUUCGGCUCGUCUCUCAAGUAG